AUGACCUUGACCGUGUUCAACACCGGCGCCAGCGACCUGGUCCGGGCCAAGUACCGGGUGGACCGGCAAAUUUGGUGUCGCUUCUGCGGCGUGUCGGUGGCCAACAACCGGGCCCAGCGGCAGGCGCACGAAUCCAGCAAGACGCACCAGCGCAAUCGCGAGCGCUUCAUCGCCGACAUCGGCCGGGAGCGGGAUGCCGGCGAGCGUGAGGCCCGGUCGCUGGACCGGGAGCUGGCCCAGAUGCGGCAGAAUGCCCUCGGCCAGCUGGCCAGCGACCGGGGCGCGGCCGCCGCGCAGGCGGUCUCGCACGGCCUGCGAGCGCAGCGCGCGGCGGCCGUCAUGGCCGGCGCGCGCGACGACCCCGCCGCCCCCUCGUCGGCGUACCAUGCGUCCAUCUAUGGCGGGCAGCGGGCCGACGCCGGCGGCCCGCCGGCCGAGGGGCCGGGCUACGCGGACUUCUGGCAGCUGGCGCCGCCGUCGGCCGAGGAGCACGAGCCCCACCAGCCGGGCGAGCCCAGCGGCGACGAGCUGCCGCCCAUGCCGGAGGGCGAGGAUGCCGGGCCGGGCCCGGCCGCCGGGGCCCCGGUCGACUCGAACACCGGGAUUGGCGCCUGGCAGGUGGUCGAGGACCCGGAGGAGCUGGCCAGCGCCUUCGGGUCGGACCGGCGGCGGCCAGGCCGUGGCCCUGGCCCCGGGGCCGCCAUCCACAGCGACGAGGACGCCAGCGACCCGGAGCAGCCGGCCGACGAUGAGGGCGGCCUGUCGGCGGCCACGGCCCGGGGGUUCCGCUUCGAGGACCGGAGCCUGGCCAGGCCGGCGGCCGGCCCCGGGCGCGCCCAGCGCACGGCCGACCUGGAGGAUGACAUUGAGGCGGCCCUGCGGCAGGUGGCGGCCACGGCGGCGGCCGGGCGCGCGGCCUCGGCCGGGCUCCUGGCCCCGGCCGUGGUUUCGGCCCCUGCCGCCGCCCCGGGGCCCGGCGCCGGGGACGCCGGCGCCGCGCCGGCCAGCCGCUCGGGCGGCCUCUUCCGGAAACGCAAGGGGGCCUCGUCCAUCGGGGCGAGCGACUCGAAGCGCGGCAAGUUCUAG